AUGCCUCAUAAGAGAGCAAAGCACUCCGAUCGAGUGGCCAAGCGCUUCUCGAUCGGCAAGGAUUUGGCUCCCAGCUCCGAUGACGGCUUCUUCUCCGAGAUGCCCAAGGGUGCCAUGCGCAUCUUGCAAGGCGGCAAAAUGCAAGAAGCAUAUCGCGCAAAGCUUCAAGCAAAGAAGAAAGUCGAGCAGCAUGCGCUCACCAAAGCAAAGGGCAAAGCGAAAGCCUCGGAGCAAGAGGCUGCAACUGAACUCACCAUUCGACCAGGCGAGAAGAUGCGCGAUUUCAAUGCUCGUGUAGAGCAAGCCAUGGCUUCCGAUAUCCAUGCCUCGUUCCGUUCUGCGUCUCGGUCAGCCAUCAAUGCUCGCAAGCGUGAACGCAGGAAGCUUCGCAAGGCUGGCAUCGACCCAGACGCCGAUCCGGAGGAUGCUGAACAGGAGCAGUCGGCACGCAAGGCCAAAGCGGACAAAGCAGCAGCACUGGAAGCCAGCCAACCUUCCAAGCUCGAUCUCAAACGACAACGACAGGCAAUCCAGCAGACCGGCGAGAUCAAGAACUUUGCCAAAGCCAGUCAGGUUAAGAAAGUCAACGACGUCGUACAAGCUCCCCCCACCCUUACACACGCGCCGCGUGGCGAGUCGGUACAAGCCAAGACGAGGAAGGCCAAGUUGAUCGCCAAGAUCACCGGCAACGACGAGGACGAAGCUGAACGCAAGGUCAAGCAGGCAGAAAUGGCCCGUCAUAAGGGUCGGGUACCUGAGAAGCUUGCUACUGCUACUGCUUCACCCGCUAACAGCAAGAAACGCAAGCUCGCUGCAGGUGCUGAUCCUGUCCUAGAGCCUAGCAUGGCUAGGCAACGCAUCCUUGAAGAAGAGCGCCAGAAGGCCAUCAAGGCUUACCGCCAGAUCAAGGAGAAGAAGAUCCAGGAGUCCGAAUCCAAGCGAGCCAAGAAAGCUUAG